UGAAGAAGAAGGCAGAAAGAAGGCAGGCCGCAGCGGCCCGCAACGACAGGAGAGACGACGGUGGGUCACGAGAGCGACAACAACAUGCGCUCGAAGGCCAUAGACACACUGGGAGGAGCUCCGAGUGACGCAGUAUCAGCCGCAACAGACAUCGUUGUCUCGUGUGUGGUUAACGGGACAGGCGCCGAGUCACCCGCGACGCCCAUGGAGGUGGCACUGGCCGCCCACACAGAAGAACAGGAGCAGAAGCCGUUGAAUCGGCAAGAGGAAGAGACCAUGACAGCUACGCAGAUGCAAAAUGAACAGAGGCGAGAGCGGCACUGGAGACGCAUGGUACACAGCGAGUUGAGGGACCGACUAGUCGCUGCCAUGUUGGAGCAGUUGCAGCGGAUAACAGGAGACCCGGACGUGCGGCACUUGAGGAUGUGCGCGUCUCGCUACGAGUCGUUUGUAUGGAAGAAAAGCGCCAACCAGGUGCAGUAUAAGCAGAAACUGGAGCACCGCAUUGAGUCGCUGCGUCGCCAGCCGUCUCACGGUGAAAUCGGGGGUGUGGAGAUCUCGGUGCGACUAGUGGAAGGCCAUCGACUUAAUCUGAUUCGGUCGCCGAAUCAGGAGACCGCUGCGGCACCAUCGUUAGGCCCAUGUCCUAAUAGCCGACACAAAACUCAGAAAGAGAACCAUGUCGAUAAAGGAUGCGCCCCGCGCCGACUCAAUGCUAAAUCUAGUAGUCGCAGAUCUGGUAGCUUGAGUGGCAGCAAACGAUCAGGGAAGCGGAAAAUGCGGCCUUCCUCGUCCGGGUCGUCAUCAGCCACAGGCGGUUCGUCGACGCGACGAGAUGAAUUGUACUUCGCAAAGCUGCGAGUGAUGAAAACUCAAUACCGCGAUGAAGUCGCGUUGGUGUUCCGCGAGCUCUGCCGCGUGAACACGGUGAUCCAGCACUCAGCCAGUCUACGACGCCAUGAGUCCAACAAUCUGGGCGACUUCUUGGCCAACCUCAAGAAGAUAAUUUAUUUGCUGGAGCAGCAGCCAGGUGAGCCGUGCGGUAUGAUUCCAGCCCGCAAGCGUACAGUUGAGUACCUGGAUGUUGUGGAAUCCCACAUCCAACGGAAGGUGCUGCCUAUUCUCCUCCGCUUGCGCCACACAUACUCGACUAUUCUGCGCCCCAUCGUGCUUAAUUACAUGAAGAACAGCUUCCGCUUCAAUCGACGCUUUUGA